CGAUAGCGAAGAUGAUGUAUCCUUAAAGAGAGAGAGUGUCCAUGCUGAGUUGUGAGUUUCUCCUCCCGCGGUAUAAAAGCUCACCUCUCUCCAUCCUGCCGCAGUCUGCAUCCGGUUUAGAGAUGAGCUACCCACUGGACCACCUCUACGGCCACGGCUCCUACCGCAGGGCACCACAGGGCCUCUCUGCCCGGCCUGCCGCUUCCCUCUCCUCCUCCGGCUUCCACUCCCAGCCCUGGACGACCUCUCAGCGCCGCCGCCAGGCCUACAGCCAGACACCCUCCGCCGACAGCUUGGAGAUCUUUAACGGCGACAUGACUCGGAGGAACGAGAAGGAGAUUCUGCAGACACUCAAUGACCGUUUCGCCGGCUACAUCGACAAGGUGCGGAACCUCGAGUUGAUGAACUCGAAUCUGGAGCAGGAAGCGGCUGCGCUGCGUCAGAGCCAGACUGGGCGCGCUACCGUGGGAGAGCACUAUGAGCGCGAGCUGGGGAACCUGAGGGGUCUGGUUCAGCAGCUGACCGGGGAGAAGGCAUGCGCACUCUUGGAGCAAGACCACCUGGAAGAGGAUAUCCAGCAUGUGCGGACCAGGCUCGAGGAUGAGGCACGCAGCAGGGAGGAGCUGGAAGCCAAGGCACGCCUAAUGAACAAGUAUGUGGAUGAGUCUGGGCUCGCACGGCUAGAGCUGGACAAGAAGCUGAGCGCGCUGCAGGAAGAAGCAGCGUUCCUGAAGAAGAACCACGAGGAGGAGGUGGCGGAGCUUCUAGCACAGAUCCAGGGUGCACAGGUGAGCUUCGAGGCUCGAGACACAAUCAAGGCGGACGUCACGAACGCCCUGCGGGAGAUCCGCGCUCAGCUGGAUGGACACGCGACCAAGAGCGCAACGCACGCGGAGGAAUGGUUCAAAGUGCGUAUGGAGCGGUUGGCAGAUGCAGCUCACUCUAACACAGAUGCGAUCCGUGGUGCCCAGGAUGAGAUAGCAGAGUACAGACGGCAGCUGCAGAGCCGCACCAUCGAACUGGAGACCCUCAGAGGAACCAAGGACUCCCUGGAGAGACAAUGCAUGGAGACUGAGGACAGACACCAUGGAGAUAUCCACUCACUACAGGAGACUAUUCGUCAGCUGGACGGUGAACUGAAGAGUACUAAGUGGGAGAUGGCCAGCCAGCUGAGAGAAUACCAAGAGCUGCUGAACGUCAAGAUGGCUCUGGACAUAGAGAUAGCAGCCUACAGGAAGUUGCUGGAAGGGGAGGAGACUCGGUUCAUACCUGGGCCAAGCCUGUACUCCUACUCCUCUGCCCACCUGAAGCUGAAGGGGGAGGAGCUCUCAGACACAGUCAUACUGGAGGAACAGACGGAUGAGACACAGGUCACUGAGGUGACAGAGGAAGCAGAAGAUGAGGAAGAGGAAAAGGGAGAGGAGACAGAAAAGGAAGAAGAGAAGGAGGAAGAGGGAGAAAAGGAGGAGGAAGAGGAUGAGACCAAAGCUGAGGCAGAAGAGGGAGAAGGAAAGGGAGUUGAGGAUAACGGGGGAGAGGAAGAGGAGGCAGGUGAGGAGAAAGAGGAAGAGAAUUCUAAGUCACCUGAAAAGGCUGCUUCUUCUCCAUCCAAACCUCCCCAAUCUCCCCCCAAAACCCUCCAGCCCAAAUCACCUGCCCCCAAAUCACCUGAAUCAAAAUCUCCCCUCCCCAAAUCACCUGAAUCAAAAUCUCUCCUCCCCAAAUCACCUGCCAAAUCUCCCACCCCCAAAUCACCUGAAUCCAAAUCACCCCAAGCCAAAUCUCCCCUCCCCAAAUCACCUGCCAAAUCUCCCGCCCCCAAAUCUCCCACAGCUGUGAAAUCACCAACAUCUACAUCUCCCCCCAGCAAAUCCCCAGAGUCUAAGUCUCCCCCUCCCAAAUCCCCUCUCCCAAAGUCUCCUGAAUCCAAGUCCCCCAUCCAGGAGAAGGCCAAGCCCCCUGCAGAAGACAAACUGGCCAAGCAGGAGAAGAAAGAGAAGGAACAACCCCAGCCUGUAAAGGAGGAAAAGAAACAGGAGCCAGAACCCAAGGAGAAGGAGAAAUGUGAGAGCCAGUCUAAAGAGGAGAAGGUUGAGGAGAAGACAGACAAACCAGAUCCCAAGGAGAGCAAGCCAGAUGAGAAUCCCAAGACUGAGACCCCAACACCUGCCCCCCCUGCUGCCACCCCAGCCAAGCCUGCAGAGGAAAAGCCCGCCCCCGCCAAGGAGAGCCACGGCCCUGCUAAGAGAGAAGAGGAGAAACAAGCCAAAACAGAUGACACACCCCAGGUAGAGGUGAAGCCUGCCCCCAAAGAAUCACCACAGAAAACAGAGAGCACAAAGGAGAAGAAAGCAGAGCCCAAAGAGGAGGUGAAGAAGGAGGAUAAGAAGGAGGACAAGAAGGAGGCCUCUAAAGCAUCUGACAGUAAAGAGGCAAAGGAUACGAAGGAGGUAGGGAAGGCCAAGAAAUCUUCUGGCACUGAAGUCAAAGACGAGAAAUCUUCUAGCACUGAAGUCAAAGACGAGAAAUCUUCUGGCACUGAAGUCAAAGACGAGAAAUCUUCUAGCACUGAAGUCAAAGACGAGAAAUCUUCUAGCACUGAAGUCAAAGACGAGAAAUCUUCUAGCACUGAAGUCAAAGACGAGAAAUCUUCUAGCACUGAAGUCAAAGACGAGAAAUCUUCUAGCACUGAAGUCAAAGACGAGAAAUCUUCUAGCACUGAAGUCAAAGACGAGAAAUCUUCUAUCACUGAAGUCAAAGACGAGAAAUCUUCUAGCACUGAGGUCAAAGACGAGAAAGCCAAGAAGUGAGUCACUAACACGCUACAUAUGAGCCAGGAGAAGAGAGAGAGACGCCAAAGAACUAUCGGGAGGGGGAGGGGGGAGA